AGAGCCAGUUGGCAGCUCUUUAUUUAGCCGUUAUUUGCUCACUGAGGCGCGACUACAGCACCGACUCCUACAGCGGCCUUACUAUUAUUAUUACUAUUAUUAGUAAUACUAUUAUUAUCAUUCUUAUUAAUAGUACGUUUUGUCUUAAAAAUAUUCCUCCAAUAUUGUUAGUAACUACUUCGUGGAGCUCGUUGUGGAAUUAACAUCUAUAAUUAUGUUUUUGCUUUGUGCGCAUAAGAAGCGCUCAGGUGGCAUUUAAAAUCCAGAAAAGAUUUUUUUUUCCAACUUUCAUUUUCAGUCGAUCAGUUUUAUUACAUUUUAAACUGAAGAGAAUCUAAAUUCAAAGAGGAAAAACAUAUUUUAUAAAAACUAAAAAAAAAAAACUGGAAGCCGGGAGCGCUCGCCUUCGUGCGGGAGAGAAAGGGGUUAAGGAGAGUUUCAGGAUGGAAGAGAAAGAUCAGAGCAGCAGAGAUGCAGGAGACGAAUCCAACAGAGCCAUCCUGCCACUUCUCGAGCCUCCCGGAAACCUGCACCGGAUCACCAACUUCUACAUUGACAACAUUUUGCGCCCGGACUUCGGACGUAGGAAAGAAAGCGCCGCCGCAGUGAACGCGACCGAACGCAGCGAUAUUAACGUGUCCGGGAGAGAGAACCGGUGUCCUUCAGAGGCGGAGACCGGCACAGACCGAGCAGGAUCACCGGGGUCGAGUGAAGGAGCAUCAAUCCCCGCCGUCAGCGGCUCGAAGUCCGGGGCCGAAAGCGGCGAGGAUCAAUGCGCAAACUCGCCUAAUAACAAGCCAAUGUUGUGGCCAGCCUGGGUUUACUGCACCAGAUACUCGGACAGACCCUCAUCAGGGCCCCGAUCGCGCAGACCAAAGAAAAAGACAGUGACUCGAGAGGAUAAGCGACCCCGCACUGCCUUCACGGCAGAACAGCUGCAACGGCUGAAGGCGGAGUUCCAGUCGAACCGAUACCUGACGGAGCAGAGGAGACAGAGCUUGGCCACCGAACUGCAGCUCAACGAGGCCCAGAUCAAAAUCUGGUUCCAGAACAAGAGGGCCAAAAUCAAGAAGGCGACGGGCGCCAAGAACACACUGGCGCUACACCUGAUGGCACAGGGGCUGUACAACCACUCCACCACCUCCACCAAUAACGACAAAUCAGACAGCGACUGAUCACAACGCGUCAUAACGCGCGCAUAGACCUGAACCAUGAGCGGCCUGGGUGCUCAGAGAAACCAGCGGAAACGGACUGGAUGAGCUUUUAUCACUCUGCAAUACCUUUACGUAGCCUUUCAUUUUGUGGUAUGAGUAUUAUUUUGGUUUUAAUUUUAUAAAACAAAUAUUUUUAUUUUUAUUUGCAAACAUUAACUGUGCUGUCCAAACAGAUGAAGUAGCUACACUACGCUACACUCUUAGAGAAAAGGGUACUACAUGGUACCAUUCCCUGGCCCUGUACUUGUGCCAACAUCAUCACUGUUAGUACCUUUAGUGCGUCUCGUCCCUAAAAACGACAACCUCGCCACGGUCCAGUUGUGCAGCUCGUUUGUUAAAGUUCACUCUUUCCACAGUCUCCAGGUGAAACAAUGUGGUGCACUUUAGUACCUUUUUUUCUCAGAGUGUUUACGAGUUCUUAUUUAAAAUAAAGCGUUUCUGAUUGACUCCUGAUCUUUAAUCCAUGCUGAAGUCCAAAGAGUUUUUAAUUUCCUUUCUACAUUCAGGCAACUGUGAUUUAAAAAAAUACAAUUACAUAUGUUUCUGUCCGUUAUCCAUGUUUAAUGUCUAAUGUUAUGAUUCCGGAUGAAUAUUUUUUAAGUUUUAUGGAUUUUUUUGUGUUAAAUGGAAUCUGGAAUUUCUUCUUUGAAAAAUUAACAUGAUAUGAAUAUGUGUACACAUAAUACGCAUUAUACUGUAUUUAUAGGUUUAUAAGCAAAAGUUCUAUUUAACUUUGUUGCAGGUUACACAUCGGUUUUCGCACACAACACGGUCUCGCUCGGGAAAAUUCGUAGGAACUCGUAAGAAAACAAAAGCAAUGUGCGGGGGUUCAGCAUCUGGAGCGUUUAUUACGACUUCUUGGAAGUCCAACGAAUUUUUUUAUUUUAUUUUUUUGCGUGAAAUCGUGUUGUCAUACAGAUAUUAAUAUAAUUCUUUCAUUUUCAGGUUUAGACAACUGAAUGACGAGUCGCAUAAUGAAUGGAAAUACUUGACCCAUGAAUAUCCUUUUCUUUCUUUUUUCUUUCUUUUAUCCCUCAAUUGAUUCAACAAUCCAAUAAUGCGUUCUUUUCUUCUUCGAUUUUCUUCCCUCUUUCCUUCAUUUUUUGAAUCCUUCUUUUCUGCGUUGCUCAAUUCAUUCACAAAUUCAGCCAAUAUCUUGCAUUCUUUCUUUCAUUUCUCAAUUUGUUUCCUAUUUAAAGCCCUUUCUCCCAUUUAUUUCUCUUUUUUUCGUGCGUUUUUUCCAAAGCAGUAUCCUAGAUUUGUGCUUAAGCUUGUUGAGUGUGAUUUUAAUUUCAUGAUUUGGAAGAAAAAAGCAUGAAGGCUAUAGCUACUGUAUACAGCUAUAUAUUCUCUCAGACAGCAGAUCUCAUGGGCGACUUGAUUUGAGUUCACAGUCGGAAAACAUUCUCAGCUUUCCUUUUAACCAUGUGUCACUUUCUACACAGUCUUGUUGAAGCUAAUUUCUUCGAAUUUGUAUUUGUUUUGACGACCCCCCCCCCUCUUUUGUGUCAUCAUGCAAUAACUACGAGACAAGAACAGUUGAAGAAACCAAAUUGUGACCUUUUAUUUAGUGUGAACUGAGUCCUGUUGUAAUUUUCGGGAGAAAAAAAAGUGUGUAUGAUGGAUCCAUUCACCAAACAAACACACACUUUGCCUUAAAGUUCUGAGAGGAACUGUUUUUUUUCCUAUGAGAAACUGUGCUCUUCAUUAUCUAUAGGCCUAUAAAGAACAAUUUACAGCAGAAUCUACAAAGGAUAUAAAACAGAAUGAGAUAAUUUAAGUUUGUUUUUCCUUUUUUUUUUAAAUGUUGAAUUUCAUGUGGUUUUCUUUGGAGGUAUUCGUUAAAAACAGAUGUACAUAAUUUGUAUCAUGUUUAAUU